ACCUAUAGUUAUGUAAAUACAAUAUGUAUUUUGUUUUAAUACACUAAUUUUAGCUUUUCCUAAUUUGUUUUCGAGUACCAAAGGAUGGAUUUUGAAAAUUCCGACAGUGAUAGUUUGUCGGCCGAAUUUGACUUCAGAGGAGAUGCAGCGCCGACAUCUAUGGACCCUUAUCGUGAUGAUGUGAUAAGCGAUCGUCAACAAAGCAUACUGAACGAUUUGAGAAUACAUUUAUGUCGCGAAAAUUUUAUCUAUUUAAAUAAUCAUAAAGAAGUAGAAGCGAUAGCGAUGCUCUUGAUCAAUGACAUUUUAAAGAAGUCACCUAAGGACCCAUACAGACACGCAGCCAGUUACUUGAAAAAUCCUAGUACUGCCUACCUGGUGGCUAACUUUAAGCGGUCCGAAGAUUUCCAGUAUGAGGACAUUAUCAAAAAGGAUGACGAACAAUAUGCGACAGCAGACGCUGAACAGAAAAUGUCUACUUGUGAGCACUUUAAAUCGGUGGUGACCAUGGAUGAACAGACCGAGGAGUUACAGGAUGGUGAAACCGAUAUGGCGGCGGACCAAUAUAAUUUAUUGACAGGAGAUGGAGAGACUAGCUAUGUAAUGGAAGGAGAAGCAGAGAUGACGAUUUCCUAAAAAAGUGACUAUUUGUUUGAUAGUCUCUAGAAUAAUUUACAUUGGGCGGAGUAUACAUGUAGAAUAAAAAAACUGAAUACCUAUUAGAAUACUUCAGCUGAAUAAACUCCUCGCAUUAUUAUUGUACUAUUUAUUCAUAUAUACUAGAUUAAUUAAAAUAGUGAAUAACAAAUAACAAUAAUAAUAGAAAGAGAUAUAUCAAAUCCGUGUAUAUACGAAACCGAAUUCCUAUUUGGAAUUUAUAUUUAGUAUAUGUACUUAUA